AUGGUGCAUAGACAAAUAAAAAUACGACAAGAAAACAACAAUGAUAACGUAUCCGCCAUCAACGGCAUUUAUUCUCCUUACCAAUAUCCGAAAUUUUCACGUUACAACUACCCGUCAAACGUAAGUGGUGGUGAUGAAGCAGUCUACACAGAGGAAAAAUUUUCUUUUCCGCAUUGGGAUGAUGAAGUGUCUCCGUACGCCGUUCCAACAAAAUCACGAUUAAGAAAACACGCUUCUUCCCCUGCUUUAUAUGGCGAGGACAUUGAUGAUUUUUUUAAUAGUAAUAGUAUAAUUGGUAAUGCCGGCGACGACGAUGAAGAAGUGUUUGACAUAAAUAAACAUCAAAAAAGGAUACAAGAACUAAAAAAUCAAUAUUUGCAACAACUAAAUCAACCUGGCAACAAUGAAGACGACGAGGAGGAAGUUGACGAGAGUCAAUUAAGAUGCGAAAAAAUUCAAUCGGAUAUAGAUUUGGCACGCAAAGAUCAACAAUCAGAUUAUGACCAAUUUCGUAACCAAUAUUCCUCAUUACAUGAUGAUCUACGUUAUUUACAACGUGAAAUUGAAGAGUUCGAAUCAAAUUGUCUAAAUGGAAAUCACAAAUUAAAUAACAAUGAGGAAUGUUUUGGUUAUCAAUCUGAACCAACCUCGGUAGUAACCGGUUCAUUAAUGGCCGCUGUUUCUAUGUCUGACGACAACGACGACGAUAGUGACAGUGAAGGUGAAGGAGAUAAAAAUAUUAUUAGAAAUAAAAUCUGCAAAACUGUUAAAAUUAAGACUGGUCCUCGUCAUAUAAUUUCUACUCCUUCUGCUGCAACAGCUGCUCGCUUCUACACGAUCGAAGUUACCAACAACGACGGCAAUGUUGAUAACUAUGAUUAUGAUAAAUUAACUACCACCACCUUCGCCACCAAAAAUCAUAGAAUUGGUUUUGAUGUGUUAACUCUAGAUGGUAAUCGAGGUAUUUUAGCACGUAAGAAAGAUUACAUCACGACAAAUAAUAAUUUACCAAGAGUAGGCGAUUAUUAUGUUGACAUUACUGAAUUUGAUCGAUUGGCAUUACCAUCAAAUAGUGCAUCUUCUUCUACUUCUCUGACCAUCACCAAGAAUACUAAAGAUGAUGAUGAUAAAAUCAAAGUUUUGAAUGUUACAUAUGAAAAUCGUAUCAAGUUGGUGGAUUUAAUUAUUAAAGAAUUGGAAAAAUCUUUCAUAUUAUCAUAA